GGCAAAUACAAUGUAAACACAAAAUCAAGAUUAUGUGAAAUGCAAGUAUUGUAAAGAAAGAGUACAUAUCCCCCAGAUGUAUGCUCACACCUUGGAAUGCAAUUCAUCAAAUCAUCCAAACUUUAACUCAUAAAUGAAAUCAGUUGUGAAAUCAAGCCAGUCUCAUUUAUAAUAACAAAGUGUUCCAAUUUAAGAAACAAAUCUUCAAUAAAGUUCAUCAAAGUUGCCUGUUGAGUUUGUGGAAUCAUUUAUAUAGUUUUCAACAUCACAGAGCGAAAUUUAGUAAUAAUAAUCCGUGAAUAAUGGAAGUCACUCUAACUUACCUUAACAGAAUAACAAAUAAGAAAUACAAAAAUUGAAUAAAUAAAAUAGCAAUGUAUAUACGGAAUCUUUGUUGAAAUAAGCAUAAAAGAAAUGCGAAUACUGUGAUGAAGUAUACCCUAUUUAAAUACUUGAAUAACAUUAUCCUUUCUGCGAAGCUAAAUUAUUAAUUGAAUCCUUAUCUUUAGCUGAGGAGUAGGAAUAGAAUAAUCAUUAUCAAUCUUAAAAUCAUCAAGAUUAUUAAGAUGAAUAAGAUUCUUAAGAUAAUUAAGAUGUUUAAGAUGAUUAAGAUAAUUAAGAUAAUUAAGAUGAUUAAGACUCCUUAGAUUCUUAAGAUAAUGAACAUCAGAAUUAUCCACAGUAAUAUGAGGAAAGUAGUGAUUCAUCAUAAAAUGAAGGCUCUCAUUAUAUUACAGGAAUUCGAGAAGAACUUUUGCCUGAUGGGUCAAUUUUUAAAACUAUAACUACUACAAAUUUUAAUACAGGAGAAGUUAUAACCAGAACUGAAACAAUUCAUAGACCCUAAUAAUAAUAAUAAUAGCCAUAACCAUAAUAGUUUCCAUAAGUGCCAUUUCAUAGGUCAUUCGAAAGCUAAAAUGAAGGUGUAAAUUUUUUUCACUCUUUUGAUUCAAUUUUUGGCACCAACGUCUUUCCUAAUUAACAAAGAAGUAUUUUCUAACCAAUGGCGUAAUUUCAAUUAUUAUUAUAGGAAUUCUACAUUCAUGCAUCAGGUUCCAGAAGAAUUAUAAAAUUUAGCUGUUAUCAAAUACACACCUUAUGAUGGUCUUGCUCAAGAAUAUAAAUAAUGCACAAUAUGUUUUACUGAUUAUGAAGAUGGAGAAGAAUUAAUUCUACUUCCUUGCAUACAUAGAUUUCAUAAGACAUGCAUUUCAUAAUGGUUUAAAGAAAUGACUACAUGUCCUAUUUGCAAAACUGAUGUCGCUGAAUAGGAGAUGGCAUUUGAGGAAGAUGAUUAACUAUGA